GGCCAAUGACUGGGCGUUGCUGUGAUCAUGAUUUCAGUUUUCUCGUCUGAAAGAAAUGACGAAUUCAGAAUUGUUCUCUGCAAGUCUCAGAAGAGGGAGCCUUUCGGUUUUUCUGUUUUCGGUGGUUUCAAUUCGGCUCUUCCUGUCGUAAUUUCAGAGAUUAAAAGAGGCUCAAUCGCUUAUAGAUGUGGUCAGCUGGAGGUGGGCGAUGUGCUAACAGAAGCCAAUGGAUUGAACUUCGCGGAAAAUGAUAUGUCAACUUUAGAAGUUUCCCGCUAUCUCCAAGCACAGCCGAACUUAACGCUUGAGCUCAAAAUACGCAAAGAUCCAAUCGUGCGACGGAAAGCGCGGGAGAUUCUUAACGACCCUCGCGACUUCGACCGAAUCGCGGCAGCCGUUUCACCAGACAAUCUGCACGCCUUGAAAUCUCUAACUGUUCAGUCUGGUCAUACACACAAAGUCAAUAACCCCUUGUCAGAAUAUUCGGGAAGCAGAAGUACUUUGACCAGUUCUAGAGGAGACAAUUUGAAUGGAUCCCAGCACAGUAUUCCUUACGGGUCCGCGGUUCUAGAAGCGAGUUGUCUAGAUUACACCACUGAUAACUGUUUCGCCGGGUAUGCCACUAUUCGUCGGCUGGGAAACACGUCGGCCAAAAAAUCCAACGAUAAUUUAUCGAAAAUUUCGUCUUCAGGCAGUACGAAAAGUAUGCCGACCGACGUGCAUUUAAUAGGGGCAAAAAGUGAAAAUUCACUUGAUAACGAGCAAACGCAUUCAGCAGUUAAAAAACAGGAUAAAAAACCACGUUUUCAUUAUGAUAAGGACAUCUUAGUGCAGGAGUCUUCCAGGAACCGACCGAGAAGUCGCGCGUCGGCAACGUCUUCAAAUCGGAACUCGGCAAUUGAAACAACUGACCAAAAAGAAUUUUCGGAAACUUCAAACUCUCCCGAUAAAGAGUCACGUUCGUUGUCUCCGGAAAUCAAGGAAGCAAUCGCGACAGCAGAUCCCAGCAGUUGUUGGGCAGACUACUUUCCAGAAAACUUGUCGCUCAAUUCCAGCUUCGCUACUCAAAAACCAGAAACUGAAGAGCAGUCGGAAACUGAACCUCCACUGAUAACAGAAUUUCAAGUUUCAUCGCCGAAAAAAGCGAAUGAUGAAUCGAGUGAUUCACAUGUUUUGUUGAAUGUAUCAUCGGACGCGAAUUAUAGUUAUGUAACUACUUCUCCGGAAUCCCUGAAUGAAACGGGUCCCUCGACGUCUCCGAUGCAUAAGAACCUAAACGAAUCGUUUACUGACGACGAAAAUUCUCCAGCCCAGCAAACGCAACAUUUCAAUUCGCCGGUGUUAGGCCAGACUCCGAGAAAUCUUUUCUUCAGCUCGGAACCCAGCUCAAAUUCAGCCGCAACUGCAGUUUCCGGUGGCAACUUACUUUCAGGACGUUUGACGAAUGUAACUCCAAUAAACGGGAUCUCCGGCAGUGUCAAUCAUGAGAAUUACGAGGUUAUUGGAGUUCGUUCGGCGAAGGGAAGUUCGAAUCGAAGAGACUCGUUCGAGAAGAAGAACCUCGAUUUAGAAGAUGACGAUGAAGACCCAGAGGAAAAAUGUUACAUUUUAGAGAGUUUGGAAAUUGCAGCUCCUCCGCCGCCCAAACCGACUCCAGAAGUUGACCUGGCAGCAGCAAAACGACUGGCCUCGAGGCUCUACUACUUGAAUGGGUUCGGAAAGUCAGACGUGCCAAAGCAUUUGGGAAAAAAACAAGAGUUUUCGCAAGUGGUGGCCACGGAAUACUUCAAAUUCUUCGACUUCCACCAGGAGCGCAUAGACGUCUCUCUGCGCAAGUUCUUCUCCAAUCUGGGAUUGUACGGCGACACUCAAGAGCGAGAGAGGAUUCUGUCCCACUUUUCGAGACGAUACGCAGACUGCAACCCAGACCUCUUCCCAUCAUUCGAAUGUGUUGACUACCUGGUAACAGCAUUGAUUCUGCUCAACCAAGACCUGAACGCACUGCGGGCAGGUUCCCACAACACUUUGGGAGUGAAGCCAAUGACAGCCUCCCAGUUCGUCACUAACGUCAUUACGAAACCCCAACACAUGGAAGGCCAGCCUGCAGAGGAGUACACAGAGUACAGUCGGCAGUUGCUGACUGAGUUGUACGACUCGAUCCGAGACGAACCCCUGAUGUGUGCCGGGUUCCCCUCUAUGCCCGGCAUGGAUCCAAUGGGAGGCAUGACCAUAGACUACUACCAGAUGCCGGAGUAUUACACAGACGGAGUAGACGGCCAUUCACAGCAAAAGGGAAACUACAUGACUGUGGAAGCACCUGAAAACAAUGUGAACUCGUUGUCCUAUCCAAGUGCAAUCUUCAACCCCACGGCAGGAGGCGCCAUAGGGGUGGCUGGUAUCCUGGCACCAAUCUCAUUCUCUGGCUAUCUCAGUCGCAAGUGGCUGUUCGAACCCGAGCUAAAGAAGACGAGUAGAAUGAAGCGCAGUUGGAAGCACUGGUACGUCAGCCUGCACGGGUUUGACCUCAUGCAUCACAAGUCACGUGACGAUGCUGUGAACAAAUCGGGGAUAGAACAAAAGGCACUGGUUCUGUCUUUACACCACGCUUUUGCUUCGCCUGUGCAUCCGCUCAGCAGUACUUCACAUAUAGAUCCCCCUUCGGUGACAAGUAUGACUAGUUCUUCGGAGAAUGUCGACGAAGCAGGGUCGGUGCUGGGUGGUGAAGACACAUCUUCCUUCUCAGAGAGUGUGAACAGCAGGAGUCUCUAUGGAGCAGCAGGGGUUCUGAGGGCGUCUUCGAAGAAAGAGAAGGAGAGAGUGGGCAGCUGGGACUUCACUGUGCGCUUGGCGGACUGGGCAGAAUAUCAAUACCGGUGCAGGUCCAAGCAGGAGAUGGAGGAAUGGGUGUGUACGAUUAAUCUCAUUGCCGCCUUCUCAGCCCCGCCUCUGAUGCCCCCCAUCUCAAACUCAGCAGCCUCCAACUCCAGCAAGGGGGCCUCUCAGUCCUCUUCCACUCUCUCAUUCCAUAAACAUUUCAAACCUACCUCCUUCACAAACCUCAGUCUGCAAGACCAGAUCUCCAUGUGGGGCAGUUGGAUCAACUCGAGUGAGAUGUGCCACGCGGAUGCGAUGAAGAGACACGCGGACACCCUCCCGCCGAACAACGCCAGCAAGCAGGUAGUGCAGGCGGCACUGCACGAGGUCCAAUACCACGCGUUCGAACUCCAAAGAUAUCAAACUUAUCAGGAAGCACUUAUUGAGAGCGUCAACAACUCGCAAAGUUCCGCUUACUUGAACCAGACCAACAACCAGCUAAAUGUAGCGGCAGUGUCUCAAAGUAACGGCCAGGGAAACUUCCAUCUUCAAAACAGAAAUCUGAACCAGAUGAAAUUGGAUGAAAAUCCAUCAGCUAACAAUCAAGCAGCUGGAAUUUAUAGCCCAAAUGAGGUGAUUAAUAUUAACAUGGGACCUAAUAAAGGGAGAGUUCUGGGAUCUAAGAAACCGAACUUGAACUCGAAAUCCGUAGAUUACGGAGUUUUAUAAUGAGAAUUUAUAAUAACUUAAUAAGUAGUCCGUAGCUCAGUAGAAAGUUAGAUGUUUUCAAACGUUUCAGUAAUUAUUUUUUCAAAUUUUUAACGAUUAUCUAGAAAAAAUUCUUAUAAAUAAUAAAGUUGAGUUUCCUGUGUUAUAAUAUUGUCACUUGAAACAUUGCUUAUUUCAAAUAAAUUUAUUGAGUUUUGACUUUGGUUGCUGAUUCGUGAUUUGUGCUCCAAAAUUAUCGUGUCAAACGCAUCGAACAAAGUAGCGCAAAAAUUAUUGCAGAGAACAUAUUGACUGCGUUUCUUAAAAUAUUAUAUACAUGUAGUUCGAUGGGUUAGUGUCAUUGUCUUGAAUGAGUUGAAUUGAAUUGAUCAUUUUUUUUUUCGACCGAUGAGGACUCUUAAUUGAGUACUUGUGUUUUUUGGCAGUCAAAAAGAUGCUCAUAAUUUCCCUACAAAUGUUGAAUAUUUAUUUGAAAUACUUCAGGCAGAUAAACCACGUGCAUGAUUUACAAUCAGUUGUGAAGGCAUUGCUGUGUUAUCAUAUGAAAAAUGAUUUUAAUACCUCUGUGCUUAAUAUCUAUUUUUUUACAAUCAAAAUUUGCUGAACCAAUUUUUGAAGCAGAGGAAA